AUGGGUAAUGCCGGUGAAAAUAGUGACGAAAUAAAGCUUUUAAAGCAAGGAGCUGAAGGUAAACUGUACAUUGGCACGUACAAAGGCAAACGAUGUUUGGUGAAGGAGCGGUUCGAGAAGAAAUACCGUCAUCCGGCGCUCGAUCGGCAACUGACCCGGCAACGCAUUAAAGCGGAACAGAAGGCAUUCCAACGGUGUGCCGCUGCCGGUCUGCAAACACCGACUCUUUUCGGUGUUGAUCUUGAGGGACGUAAACUCUAUAUGGAGUAUCUCGAUAAGAGUAGAACGGCCAAGGAAUUCAUCGAUGAGCUGACGGCGGUGGCGCCCGGCAAGGAUGCAACGGCAUCACCACAGCUGAGAAAGUUGGCAGAAAAGAUUGGCCAUGUGAUUGGUGUGCUGCAUCGAAACAACCUAGUGCACGGUGAUCUGACCACCUCGAAUAUGUUGCUGGAUCCGGUGGAGGAUGGUGCCUCGGAGGAUGCCGCCGUGUUUCCGUAUCGGUUGGUAACGAUCGAUUUUGGGCUAUCCCAUUUUAGUGACAAUAACGAACAUAAAGGUGUCGAUUUGUACGUGCUUGAACGGGCCAUUCUGAGCACUCACAGUCAGUUGCCCGACCUGUUCGGUCUGAUAAUGGAAGCUUAUCGUGUGCACAAUACGAACAAUUGCAAGGAAACGAUUGCAAAGUAUGAAGAGGUCCGUGCUCGUGGCCGUAAACGAACAAUGGUGGGUUGAAGCUGAUGGUUACUACGCAUGGAAAUGU